UUCAUUCUCGUUGCUGCUCGUUCUUGUGUCUCGUGGCUCGAAACCCUCACGGAAUCAGCCGGAAAACGCUCCGAUUCGCUUCGAAAACGCCGGCCGGCGAGGGAAUCUAUGGUGGAAGGAGGCGUGGUUGGUGCUUGUGUGCCAGGGAUGGCUCUGGGGCGUCUCGGGAGAUGAGACUGUGCAUCGCUGUUGGAUUUGGGGCUUGGUUGGUGAAAAGACGAGAUUCCGUCUCCGGAUGGAGGUAGUGGUGAGCUGUGGCUGGAUUUGGUGGGCUUUUGCCGGAGGUGAAUUAGGGUUCGUGACGGGGGUGCUUUGAAUUGCAAGUAGCCGGAGUUUCAUUUCGUUAGGGUUCGCGGUCUUGAUUUUGAAAAUUAGGGUUUUGAUUGGAAGUGUGAGAGAUUACGUGUAUUUUGGUAAAGUUUUGAGCAAGUUCAUGGAUAAGGCGGCGGCUUAGCUGAAUUCGACUUUGGAUACACCCAUGGAUUAUGAUGACAAUGAUUUUCAAAGCCAGAACUUUCAACUAGUUGGAGAAGACAACAGAUUCCCAUCAAGUCUACAGUCUUUUUCUCUGCCAAAGCUAGAUCUUGAUGAUCACUUUGAUGUCCGUCUUAAGUUUGAUCCAUUAGUUGAAUCAGAGUGUUUUCUUGGAAUACAAGGUCAAGAUAACAACUGGAUUGAAAAUUUUUCUUCUGGGAGCAGUGCAUUAGAUUUUACUUCCAGCGCUGCUGAAUCUUGCUCCAUUUCAAGGCAUAACAAUGUGUGGUCUGAGGCUACAUCAUCUGAAUCUGUUGAAAUGCUAUUGAAAUCUGUUGGCGGAGAUGAAUUGAUAAAUGAUGGUUCUAUCAUUGAAGAAGUGGGUGCUCAUGAUCAACUGACUGGUGUAGAAGGCCACAUACAAACCUGUUAUAAGAUGGAUGAUAUCAUAAAGAUUGAUCCUACUCAGCCUCCAGACAUAUGCUCCAAAAGCUUAUCAGGUGUGAAUGAGUGUCAAGGCAGGGAUCAGUCUCAGGUUGAUGCCCUAGCUCAAGCUUCUGAGGGAGAGAAGUCUGGCAUGGAUAUGGAUGUGGGUUCCUUUGGUGAAAGAUCGGGCUCUGAUCAGGAGUCUGGUGCUGAGCAAUGCACCAUAGAUCGGAAGGGAAUUGCAUCAUUGGCUGAUGCCCCCCCAAAAUGUGCAGCAGUGUGUGAGGAUUUGUUGGAGAAGACUGUAGAUGAAGAUCCUGUAGGUGUCACAAAAAUUGAUAGAGAAGCCUCUGCUCCUGUUGCUUGUAGUGUGCAAGCUGAUGAUUCUGUUGUAUCUGCUGGAAAUCUGAUGUUAUCAGAGAAUGUAAUGGAGAAAAACUCUGAUAUCCCUAUGACUCUGAAUGAUUCCUUUAAACAUGAAAGUGAUCAUGAUAAUGUGACUGAUGAGCCUUCAGUAAGCUGUGGCGCUGAUAACACCCUCACUAGUGUUAAGAACUCUUCUUGUUUGGAGGCAAAUGUAGACCCACCGGUCCUAUUGAUGGAGAGAUGUAAUGAGUCUAUAUUUUCUGGGAACCCAGAUGAAUUGCUCGAAGCAAUUGCAUACCCGGUAAACACCUGUAACAAAGAUGGUGAAAUUGGUGAUUUCAAAAUGGCAAGGACAGAGCAGAUGCCUUAUCUUAAACUGGAAGGAGGUAGGAAUCAGGAAAAAUCUUCUGUUGAAUUCAACAAGGAAGAAAAUGCAGAUCAAUCUUGCGGGACAGAAGUUGAAGAUGUUAGCCAAAAUCUGCAAGAAUCUUGCUCAAAAAAUAAUUCCUGCAGUGAAAAUGUUUUGUGCACUGAAAUUGUGAAACUGACUGAUGGACAUGGAGAGGUAAAGCUUGAUCGUUCUACGGAAGGAAUGAAAGAAAAUGAUGGCUCUGAAAUUGGUGAAAUCAAGGAUAUAAGUAGUCAAUUGGGAAACAAUAGUAACAGAGAGGCAGCUGAACUGGAUUCUUCAAAUGAAGAGAGACAUGGUGCAGUUGGGCCUGAAGUUAAAAAUGGUGAUACCUUGCCAACUAGAGUGUUCGACACUUCUCUGUUAAAAAUAGCAUCUUCUGAUGAAGAUAAGAGUGUUGCAGAUGGAGCUUUUGAGAAAGAAGUUACCGCAGAUCUGCCACAAACUGAUUUUCUGGAUAAAUCCUUUUCAGCUACAUUAGCAAAUGAUACAGAUGUGGAUUUGCUAUCUUCCACCAGCCACAAAUCUCUUGGAAUGUCUAGUGACCAUAAAUCAAAGGCAGAGUCUUGUGACAUUCAAGAGACUCUGCACGAUUCUCUUCCGGAAUGGGCACAACCAUCCAUACAUUCUAGCACCAUCAGUUCUAACAGUGAUGCUUCCAUUGUUUUGGAUAAGAUUAAUCCUAUAUCAGCUGCGGUUCAAGAUACUGUAAUGCUAAAUGUGGUUGAAGAUUCAUCGACCAAUAAUAUGGUUCAUAAUAUGCCAGAAAAAAGGGAAACAGAAUCAACUUUGCAACCGCCUUUGAGUGUAAAUGUUAUGCACUUCACUGAAACCUCAUGCUCUUUACUGAAAAAUGCUGAAGCUCAGACAUUUGACAAGCAGGUUUCUGAUCCAAUUGCCAUGGAUGGUUUGUCUGGAGAGGAAAUAAUUCAUGUUGACUCAGUUGCUAGUCUUCCUGCAGCUGAUGUCUACUCUGCUUUCCCAACAAAUGAGACAAAUAAUCAGCAGUCACAUUCUGAUGAAGCCCAGCUUAUUGAUGCUGAUUUAGAACCAGAUCAAAGGAAAUCAUCUAUACCCCCAUCAGAUUCAAUUCAGGAGGACAAGAAGGAUGAUACAUGUAUGAUGGUUUCGAAGGCUUACUCAAAUUUCCAAUUAAUUACAUCAAAAAAUUCAGUGGAUGAUUCUGACCGAUCUUCUCCUAUAAGUGAAAGUGCAGAGGCCAACCAAGCUAAUGUUACUUCAGUUAACGCUGAGCAGCUAUCACCAGAAGGUAGAGCUGAAAAUUUAAGCUCUCAUGGGCCGGAUUUGGUUUCACCCACAGUCACUAGUUGCAUUGAAAUUUCUAAAGAUAGGAGGGAACAGCAGAAGAAGAAUGAAGAUUUGUCGAAUAGAGCAGGAUCUGUUGGAGAAGACCGGUGUUGUAUUUCUGCUGACACUGCAAGGAGUGCGUGUGGUGCUGAACCUGUGGAUAAUAAUUCCAAGGAGGGCACUGCUUUGGAAGAUAAUAGAAAUCCAUCAUUUGAGGUUUCAACAGCCAUCUGUUCUGAUAAGACUCACAAUGUGUCGAGACCUCCCACUGUAAAACCUCAAAAGCGUUCUCAGACAGCAACAAAGAACACUCAGGAAAGCCAUUUUGAGUCGGAAGUAGAAGUCACCAAAACAAUUCAUGAAGAUGGGACAGUAGCAUCUAGGAGCUACUCUGGAAAAACUGCCAAACCUGAUGGGAAGAUUACUGAAGAAACACCACCAUUGAGCCAGACAACUGAAAAAGAUGGCAAACAAUGUAGCACACCACCAAGUGCUGUUUUAACCAUGGGCAGUGACAAUUAUCCAGAGAUGAGGCAAUAUCCUGGUACUAAGGAUGCUUCUUUGUUCCAUCAACCUUUCACAGAUUUACAACAAGUGCAAUUGCGUGCACAAAUUUUUGUUUAUGGAUCUCUUAUUCAGGGAACCCCACCUGAUGAAGCUUGUAUGCUCUCGGCUUUUGGGGAAACUGAUGUGAGACGUGGUUAUUGGGAAGGUAUGCUACGUGUGGCAGUUGAACGGUUCCAGAAUCAGAAAUCGCCCUCUAGUGGUUGUGAAACCCCAGUGCAUUCUCGCUCUGGUGUUAGGGUUUCUGAGCAAGUUACGAGGAGCAAAUCUCUUCCAAACAAAAGCCACAACCCUCCUGUCACCAAGUUUGCACCAUCAGUCAGCUCAUUAUCUUUUCCAACACCUUUGUGGAGCAGCUCUGCUCGUGAUAGUUUACAGGCAAGUAUGCCAAGGGGCACUCACCUUGACUUUAAUCAGGCUGUAUCGCCUUUGCAUUCUUAUCAAUCACCACAAAUGGGACAUUACUCGAGCAAUGGCGCAUCUUGGUUUCCUCCCAAUUAUCCUGCAACUGUGGUCAUCCCAUCUCAAUGUUCAAGGCUUGAUGCUAACCCACAAUAUUCAGCCGUCCCAGUUACUGCAACAGUUCAAGUAACACCAACUAGGGAAUCAUCUGUUUCACGCGCCUCUGUGCAGCCUGGUGCUGCAAGUGCUCUGCUGCCGUCCCCAGGUCCAAGUGUUACAGUGGCGACAACUGUUCCUAUUGAAGUAAAUAGGAAGACACCAACCAUUGUGAAUAAUAAGAAUCCAUCGCCUGCUCAGAGAUCUAGAAAAAGGAAGAAAACUACAGUCUCUGAUAAGGUUGAGCCUGUUUUCCCAGCAUCUCAAACUCAGGCUGAACCUGCUGCUGCUACUCCUAUUGCAAAGACUGUAACAUUCUCUGCUGUCCAGCCCUCUAGUAGCUCGCCAACAAAAAAUAGUUCCAUUGUGCCUGUGAUUACAUCUUGUAACAUCUCUCCAACACAUAAUCAGAUAGUAGCAAGUGGUAAUACUGAGCAGAGUGCCAUUUUUCCUGAAGAGACAAGUAGUAGAAUUGAGCAGACAAAGCUACAAGCAGAAGAGGCUGCUGCUCUUGCUUCUUCUGCUGUUAGGCAUAGCCAAGGCAUAUGGAGUCAGUUAGCGUUGCAGAAAAAUUCUGGAUUAGCAUCAGAAUGUGAAGAAAAACUUGCUUCUGCAGCUGUUGCAGCCGCAGCAGCAGCUGCUGUUGCAAAGGCAGCUGCUGCAGCUGCCAAAGUUGCCUCAGAUGCUGCUUUACAGGCUAAGAUGAUGGCAGAUGAAGCUCUGGAUUUGGUUAAAACUGCAAAUACUUCCAAGAAUUCUGAUGCUGACUACCAUGUCGGUAAAAAAAUGACAAUGCUUACACCUGUAUCCAUUUUGAAGGGCAAAGACAAGUUCCAUGGAUCCAGUUCAGUUAUUUCUGCUGCGCGUGAGGCUUCCAGAAGAAGAUUAGAAGCAGCUUCAGCUGCCGCCAAAAGAGCAGAAAAUUUGGACGCUAUACUGAGGGCGGCAGAGUUGGCUGCAGAAGCAGUAGCACAAGCAGGAGUUAUUGUUGCGAUGGGGGAUCCUUUACCUGUUGCAUUUAAUGAAUUGGCAGAAGCUGGCCCAGAAAAUUACUUCAAAGUGCUUUCCUCAGCUUCUGGGAGAUCUGGCAAAACAAGUCAGAUUGCAGGAGAUCAACUAGCUGUAGAUUUUUCUGGCGGUCAAGACAAAUCAGCUAAAAAUGCCAGUGAUUGGUUGAAUCACAAUGAAAUUCAGAAAGUUCCUGCUGGAGAUACAAAAUCUUCUCAUGAUAAGCUUCCUUCAGCGGCUGAGCAAAAUCAUUCAGGUAGUAUAAUGGGUAAUGCAUCUUCAAGUGAUCCGAUUAUUAUAUGUGAAAGAGACCAUUUGGCAAGUAUUUCAAUGGAGAAUGGCAUAUCAAAGGAUACUCUUGUUGAGGUUAUGCCUAAUGAUGAUAGAUUCAGAGGGGCUUGGUUUUCUGCACAUGUUCUGGAGCUGAAGGAUGGUAAAGCACAUGUCUGCUACAAUGAUCUUCAGGAUGAAGGCUCUGGUCAGCGUAAGGAAUGGAUACCACUUGAAGUUGAUGGGAAUAAAGCUCCCAGAAUAAGAAUUGCACAUCCCAUGACUAUAACCAAGCCUGAAGGAACAAAGAAGCGGCGAAGGGAUGCUGUAGGGAAGUAUGAGUGGUCUGUUGGUGAUCAUGUAGAAGCAUGGAGAUUUGAUGGUUGGUGGGAAGGUAUUGUCACUGAGAAGAGCAAGGAGGAUGAAACAAAUCUCACAGUGCAUUUUCCAGCUGGAGGUGAUACAUUGACUUUCAAGGCUUGGAACCUUCGACCAUCACUCAUUUGGAAGGAUGGCCAAUGGACACAAUGGGUUCGUUUUAGAGACGUUAGCUGUCAAUCAUAUGAGGGGGAUACACCUUUUGAGAAAAGACCAAAGUUAAGCAGGCUUGAAGCCAGUCUCAAUUCAGAAGUUGAUGGAAGGGGAAAUGAGGAGACUAGGCCAUUGACGUUGUCUGCUAAAGAAAGCACAUUUACUGCUGGAAAGAAUGUGAGAGGAGAGAAAAGUUCUAAUCCUCGUCAAAUGACAAGGACUGGUCUGCGGAAGGAAGGAGCAGGGGUUGUCUUUGGUAUUCCCAAGCCUGGUAAGAAAAGGAAAUUUAUGGAAGUAAGCAAACAUUAUGUUGCAGAUAAGAUGGACAAGAUAAGUGAAGGGAAUGAUUCUACUAAAUUUGCUAAUUUUUUUAUGCCACAAGCAUCUCGCUUACUGAGAAGUACUUCCAAAACUGAUCCUCAAGGAAAGCGAGCUUUUAACUCCAGGCCUAAGUGGUCAAGACCUGUCAAAUCCCAAACAAUUCAGAGCAGGAGUAUGGCAGAGAAAGAGAACUCGUCUGUCAGCAAUGCAUCAGCUUCCAGUGGUGGGGAAUCUGGCCAAGAUUUGUCCCUGCAUCCUGUAGCUUCUCUUGGCAAUGAACAUGACCAGCUAAUAAAGAAGAAUACUCUAGAAAUGGGCUCUUCCUUCAGAGCUGUUGGGCCCACCAGUAGCUCUUCGCUGGAAUUUUCUUUUCAAUCUGUACCUGGUGUUGCAACCUUAAAGAAUUUUUCUGGUGCUGAGGAUGAUCGUGGGAUAAAAGGAAAGCUUAUGUCAGUGGCAGAGAAAUCAUUUAGAAGUGAGAAGGGCUUUGAGCAUCCUGGAAAAGCAAUGUCUGAAACUGUCGAGCCUCGUAGAUCCAACCGAAGAAUUCAGCCAACCUCGAGGCUGCUUGAGGGACUACAGAGCUCUUUGAUUAUUUCCAAGAUUCCUAAUGUUUCACAUGAUAAGGGUCCCCGUGCUCUUCAUAGAGGUGGUUCAUCUUCAAGGGGGAAUACUCAUGGCUGAGAGAGGCUUUCCUAAUCCGGUCAGUUCGUAGAAAUGCUUUAGAAUGGUGGUAAUUUCUAGCCAGGACUUUGUACAUAAAUGCAAUUUUAGGAAAUGGAACCAGAGUUUUCUUCUCUCAUAAGAUAAGAUGUAAAAUGUCAUAGUAGCCCCGGUUAAUUUUAUUUUUAUUUAUUUUGGGAACCA